AACUACUUUACUGUGUUAAAAUAAACCUUUACCGUGGAUUUAAAUUGCACACAGAAAACCACACAUACAGCCGUGAAAAACUCCCUUUGGUGAUCUUUUCCCCGGUCGGUCUGUGUUUUCUGCGGUGAAUAUACCGACAGGGUGGCUGCAGCCAGCUCUCUGCUCCUCCUCGGUAAGAAGAGCUCCUUUUCCUGCUUUCAAAGUUCCCACGGAAAGCGGAGGACCACCCAGCGGCGCAGAGCACGACGCCGAUUAGCUGCGCCGAGCUCAUUUGCAUUAACGUCAGUAAAGGCUGUAGGUCAAUCCUUGCGGGUGCUUUUAUUGGAUGUGCCGCUGUCAAGCAGUGCUGAAGAAUUGGAAGGGCAAACGCCAGAAAAGGCAGAGAAAAGACAAACAUAAAAUCAGCAUUAUGUAGCUCGAUCCUGCCUUACCUCUGCUCGCGUCAGCCGUGGACGAUCCUGCCGUCCCUGAUUCCACAUAUCUGAAACUUGUGGACACGGAGCGGGCUUGUUCCUUUUCUUUUUUUCUUUCUUUUUUUGAGAUUUUUUUCUCUCUGUGUGUCUCUCUCUGAAGCGAUUGCAUUCUCCAGAGGUGGUACCUCUAGAUAUCACAGUCUGACAGCCUCUACAUCCUUUUUUCCUGCUACAGUAUGAGAGAAAAAUCGCGGAUCCUGGUGAGGCUGUAACCAAUUGCGCCCGGGGUUUGGACCUCUUAUAGCAGACGGAUCAUCCUCAACCGGGCAGCGGAUGCCUGAAUUGAGAAUACAAGGCAUCCACCAAGAUUUCCUCGCUUUCUCAAUCUGUGAUAAAUGGAGUAUUCUGCCGGAUUACAUGGCAUUAUGUUUGACGGACGGUGUCUGACAUCGGAGCGAGUGUCCAGAAUAACAGCCUGCAGUGUGAAUAUUUCAGCCUGUUGAUGAUGAACUGCUCAGGACUGGAGCAAAGUGUCGUGAGAACCGGUUUAUGGCCCGUGUCUUGAGCUGGAGUGGCCAACCGGAUUGUUUAACAGAAAGAGAAAAAACACAUCUUUUUGAUGGCUCCGGGGUGGGGGAGGAAGACUACACAUGAAACCCUGGACACAAAAAAUGGAUAAAACUAUUGCAUGAAGCAGGCAGAGGGGGGACAGACUGCGUGGUUUGUGUGAGUGUGUGUGUGCGUGUGUGUUUCUUUCAGGCCUACUUGAUAACAGUGAAGUUGUGAGGAGGAGAAAUGAGAAAAUGGUGAUGUGGUACGAAGAAGGCUUGAAGAGGAGCCGGAGUGUGGAAUAAAACCGUCUGCUGAAGAAUAACGGGAUCCACGUUUCUGAGGAUAAGACAGCUGCUUUGAUUAAACAUCUUCAAUUAAGUUCAUGUGAAAAAGCAGAGGGAGGAAAUCAGCUUCCUGGUCAGGGGGUGGGGGAUAGAAAGAUAUAUUAUUCAUGCCUUGUGUCAGAGAAACUCGAGGACUGGCUUUGCUGUGGCCUAGAUGAUACAUAUAUGUAUUUAUAUAUAUAUUUAAAGAAAUGACACCCAGAGGAGGAGGAAGAGUGGACCUUUAACAUACACUAUAAAAAAGAGGGCGAAUGACACUCUUGUAGCCUCAAAGUAAAGCACUUGCGCAAAAAAAGGAGAAGGCUGAAGUGGGCUGAAGCAUGGGCUGUGCUUCAAGUAUCCAUAUCUCUGAUAGGGUGGUCUACCACAGUGGAAAAGAGUCCGAGGAUUCCCACUCACCCCAGCAGACUAAUACCACUCAGCAUCAAGGAAAUCCUGCCUCGGGACUACCCCUGAAACCCCCGAGCUGCAAGGCCACAUUAACAGAGGUGCAAUUUGGACCAAUGAAGUUAUUUAAAGACCCACUUCAGGUACUUUUAGUUUUUGCCAAAGAGGACAGUCAGAGUAAUGGCUUCUGCUGGGCAUGUGAGAAGGCCAACUUCAGGUGCAGCAUGGCACGGACACCGGAGUCGGCUCUUGAAUGCUUCUCGGAGAAGCAUCACGACCUCAUCAUCAUUGACCACAGACAUUCCAGACACUUUGACGCUGAAGCACUAUGCCGGUCAAUUAGAGCGGUCAACUCCUCAGAAAACACUGUGAUAGUCGCUGUUGUGAAAAGGCCAGACAGAGAGGAAGCCUCUGUGAUGCCCCUGAUCAAUGCCGGCUUUAAUAGGAGAUAUGUGGAGAAUGCCAAUAUGAUGGCCUGUUAUAAUGAGCUGCUACAGUUGGAGCAUGGGGAGGUGCGGGCCCAGUUCAAACUGAGGGCUGGAAAUGCUAUUUUCACGGCUCUAGAACAAAGCCAAGAGGCCAUAGAGAUCACUUCUGAAGAUCAAGUCAUUCAGUAUGUGAACCCUGCCUAUGAGUCUAUUAUGGGCUACCAACAAGGCGAGCUAAUAGGGAAGGAAAUAAUAGAAGUGCCUAAAAGUGAGAAGAAUAAGCCUGAUCUCCUUGAAACAAUAAAUUCCUGCAUACGGAAAGGAAAGGAGUGGCAGGGGAUUUAUUAUGCCAAGAAGAAGAAUGGAGACAGCAUUCAGCAAAAUGUGAAGAUCACACCUGUAAUUGGACAGGGAGGAAAAACCAGGCACUAUGUGUCUAUCAACUGGCCUUUAAAUGAUAAUAAUAAGAGUGAUAAAUCCAGUGAACGUGUGCAGGCAGAGUCUCAGACAGACAUCCAAUCCAGUAAGCACAAAGACCGGAGGAAAGGCUCUCUGGACGUCAGAUCUACAACGUCUCGAGGGAGCGAUGGGAGCUCACAGCGAAGGCACUCCUCAAUGGCUCGAAUCCACUCCAUGACUAUAGAAGCUCCCAUCACCAAGGUAAUAAACAUCAUCAAUGCAGCGCAGGAAAGCAGUCCUAUGCCCGUGGCAGAGGCCUUGGAUCGGGUACUGGAGAUCCUGAGGACCACUGAGCUCUACUCCCCGCAAUUAGGCACCAAGGAUGAGGACCCCCAUACCAAUGACCUGGUGGGGGGGCUGAUGACGGAUGGUUUACGGAGAUUGUCAGGAAAUGAAUACAUCUUCUCCACAAAACAGCCUCACCAUAUCCCCAGUCAACUGGCAACUCCCCUGUCGCUAAACGACAUCCCUCCUCGUAUCGCCCAGACCAUGGAAAAUGAGGAUUCCUGGGACUUUGACAUCUGUCACUUGGAAUCUGCAACCAUGAAACGGCCUCUGACCUACCUUGGCUUGAAGAUCUUCUCCCGUUUUGGGGUCUGUGAGUACCUAAACUGCCCUGAGGCCACCCUGCGCUCCUGGCUACAAGUGAUUGAAGCUAACUACCACUCCAGUAACUCCUACCACAACUCCUCCCAUGCUGCAGACGUCUUGCAUGCUACAGCAUAUUUUCUCUGCAAGGAGAGGGUCAAGCAAAGUUUGGAUCACAUUGACGAGGUAGCUGCCCUCAUAGCUGCUACAGUGCACGACGUGGAUCACCCAGGACGCACCAACAGCUUCCUGUGCAACGCAGGCAGCGAGCUCGCCAUCCUCUACAAUGACACAGCUGUGUUAGAGAGCCACCAUGCAGCACUGGCCUUCCAGAUCACCACAAGAGAUGAUAAAUGCAACAUCUUCAAAAACAUUGAAAGGAAUGAGUAUCGAACACUACGACAGGCCAUCAUCGACAUGGUGCUCGCAACAGAGAUGACCAAACACUUUGAACAUGUCAACAAAUUUGUCAACAGCAUCAACAAGCCACUGGCUGCUCUGGAGGAGAAUGGGGGAAACAACGAUGAGGAAUCUGUCAAAGGCGUUUUGACAUCUCCCGAGAACCGCAUCCUUGUCAAGAGGAUGCUGAUUAAGUGUGCAGACAUCUCCAAUCCGUGCAGGCCUCUGGAGCUCUGCAUAGAAUGGGCUGGACGCAUCUCAGAGGAGUAUUUUGCACAGACUGACGAGGAGAAGAGACAAGGCCUACCAGUGGUUAUGCCUGUGUUUGACAGAAACACAUGUAGCAUCCCAAAGUCCCAGAUAUCCUUCAUAGACUACUUCAUUACAGACAUGUUUGAUGCAUGGGAUGCUUUUGCAGACCUCCCCAAUCUUAUGCAGCACUUGGACAACAACUUCAAGUACUGGAAAGGCCUGGAUGAGAGAAAGCUGCACAGCCUGCGACCGCCUCCAGAGUAGGCCGCUGCACUGUCUGGUGGCCCUGGUGACUCUGCAGUCCAGGGGUAGCCCUCCUCUCUCGUGCUGGGGUGUCUUUCUCCCUGUCAGCAAAAGGGCCUCCUCGCCUUCACUCUCCUGCUUCCGUAGCACGCUGAGCGUCCACAUGUCCGUUCCAUACAGAAACCGCAGAAGGACCUCCUGACAGGAGGUUGCAGCUUUGACGCUGCUGGCUUCACCACCUUGUCAGAUAAGAACUGUGAUGAACAUGCAGCAUCUUGAUGAACUUCACGUGCCUCUCAGGCAUUCGCAUUGUAGCUGGACAGGUGACAUGACUGUAAAAAGGGUCCGUACAGGUCUCCUUGCAAAGCAUCCGUCCCCCCAAUGACCACAUGGGCUCUCCUGUCUGCCUGUGAAGCUGCUGUUUGAGUAAAAACUGAUGUUAAUGAAGGAGUGAGCACAACUGGAGGACAGGAUGAAGUGUGGUCUGGAUCAAAAGGUGUCCAAUCACCUUUGACCUCCAUCUCUGUGCUCGCAGCAUGACAGGACUUCUCCCUCUGCCCCUGGAGGCCACAACAUGGAAGUACACUCCACUGCUUUUCUUUCUUUUUUUUUUGCAGUAUACUCAUGUGUCCUUCAGAAACAGAUCCAUGUUGACACUGCAGACAAGUGCAAUGGGAUGCUUUUUCUUUUGGUCAGGUGGUGGAUUUGUAUUUAAGGCCACUGCUGAGAGACAAAAACCUCAAACAUGAAAGAACACUCCACUUUAUUUUUGUUUGUUUUUUUUGGCAAUAUAUCCAUGAGUCCCUCUGAAACACAUCUAUGUCGACACUAAGCUGUCAUUGCAAACACGUCAGAGAGGUGAGGAUGCUUUUGUUUUGUGGUCAGGGAGUGGAUCUUAAACUAAGGCCACUGCUGAAAGACAAACACCUCAACACUACAGAUGAUUUGGUAUAUUAACUUUUCUUAGAUGUUCCAUGUUUUCUAUGUUAAAACUCAAUCAUUAAAUUAAUUGAACAACAAACAAGUUACAAAAGGAGAGAGAAAAGCCAAAGCUGAUGAAGAGAAAUACUACUCUAUCUCUCAAAAAUUCACCAAUAUUAUCCAUAUUGAGCAUUACCAUAUUAAACAUUUUUAUUUUCUUAUCAAAAGUACAGUACCAGUUUGAAUGAACACUUUUGUAUUGCACUGUAAACAAUAUUAGAAAUGUCUACGUCUCAGUGAUUUGUCCAGGGAUGGGAUGUUGCAUUGUAGAAUAAGCUGUUAUUGUUGAUCAUCAGGAGAGUGCGAGUGCGUGUGCAUGUAUAAGUGUGUGGGUGUGUGUGCGUGUGUGUGUGUGUGUGUGUGUGUGUGUGUGUGUGUGUGUGUGUCGGGUUGUAGGUGUGGGUGUGUGGGUGUAUUCAUUGUUGCAACGAUCCCUUACUCUUGGUUUAAUGCUGUAAACCGCUUGACAUUUGACAACAGCAGAAAUAUGUGAAAAAACAUUUUGGACUUGAAAAUUUUUUCUCCCAGAAAUUUUUGUAUCUGGUUUAUCCUACUGAAAAGACUGCCUUAUUUUAUACAAUAUUUAUACAGUACAUCCCACUGUGCAACUGCAACGGACAUCUGGAGUUUUUAUUAUGACAUAGUCAGAAGGUUAUGUUCAAGUAAAAUCUCAAUAUUUUUAUAGACAAUGAAUUUUACACUGGAUUUGCAGCAUAUGAGAUCAACCAUUCUAGCUAUCUGAAUACCUGUGAAUUAGACGGUCUUGCAGAGCAUGUAUACAGAGAACUAAAUGGUUAAGACGGAUGUGGAUCGCAGAGUUGUCUAUCACUGUCUUUAAGCAGUCUCCUAAAGGCUGGCUUGCAUUGAUUUUUCGAUCAAACAUCAUUCUGUUUUGGCCACUUGUCCAACAUCCUUAUGCACAGACCCAGGGAACAGCUUUCUGUUCAAGGCUGGUUUCAGAUUAGGAUACUAAUAUAUGUUAAAGAUUGUUGCUUAUUAAGAAUAUUUCCUCUUUAAACAGUAUAUAAAUGCCAUAACAGCUAAGCAAAUGAUGGUUAAUAAGAUGUAUUGACCAUGUUUAUCUUUGUUUCUCUCUUAUGACAGAAUUGUACACUCAGUCAGGGGAUUUGUUUGUUCCUUCUGAUUCACAUCUUGGUCUGAAGGCACGGAAGAAAAUUAGAAACUAUUCAAUGAAAAAUAAAAUAAUGUCAAUAUGUUUGCAGUCUGUUUUCUGCAAUGUUUCAAUGUCUGUCCUCUUAACUGUGUCAUCUGUCUUCUGUCUUUUCUUUUGGUUUCUGUCAUGUAUCCCUCUUUGCAAGUCCACAACAUGCCUCACAAAUGUAUGGAAUAUUAUGAGCUAUUGCCUUCGA